AUGUCGGAGCCCGAAAUGAGAGAACCAUGUGAAGCAUUUCAAAAAGCGCGAACCAUCAAACGUCAUUUGAAGUCAUGUCCAGGGGAUGAGAUUCCAGUCAUCAGACCCCUGUCCGGCCAUGGUGUGAAAGUCUGCGGAACAUGCAGCAAGAAGAAUCGGAAUGAACAACGGAAGCGAGAGAACGCCCAAAAGAGAGCGAGGCGUGCAAAGCUGAAGAGAAACAAGAUGACAGCAGGGAUAGGGGCAGGCAAUGUGGUAUGGGCUCCGCCGAACACCUGGCCAUCCAUCGUCGUGGAUUCGCAGACUUUGGCCCUGCACUCUCCGCAACCCAAACCUCUCAACGACUUCAACGUGAGGUCAAUGACGCAGGCGCUCCAACAUGGGCUCAACGGUAGCAUCAGCACAGCCAUGAUGUCGCACAAUCAUGUCAGCGUCUCCCAGCACGAGCGCGGCGUCUACUCCCAGUCUCAUCAGGUGCUUGCGGCAACUAUGUCCAACGCUCUGCAGCUACAAGAGGAUGGUCAUGACAGGAUCGCAACUGAGAUGCGAGACGACGUUACCUUGCACCACCAGUACAAAUUUGAAUCGCCAGACCUUCCAACAACAAUGCUAGAUGUCCCGGUGUAUCAGGAGCAGCAGUGCCAGCAUGUUGGUCCCGGCAUUACCAUGGCCGAUGAUGCCAAAUGGGAGCAGAGCCGUACCGAGACCUGUACCUUCAGUGAAUGGAGCUUUCGAAUGGAACUCAACGAAUGGAGUACCGUGUUUGACGACAAUGAUGAUCCUGAUGGUGGCAAGGAGCUUUGA